AUGGGAGGGUGGCACUUGGCCCUUGAAUUGCGAAAUGGAAUCCCUACUAAGGCGCGAAAUAACGAUGGAGAGGGUUUCGCGGGCUGUGCACCCAUGGCCCGCCCUCGCAGAAACUGGUCCCGUCGCUUGUCAUGCCCGUGCUACAUACUCGGAAGGCGAUAUUUCGCCUGGCGAUGCGCUUUACACACGCAACUCCUUGAACAGCAUAUCCGCGAACUUGUCUUUAACGACAACGAUGGGGGCAACGGCCACGAUCGAUACACGACGCAGAGCUACGACGGUGUGUAUAUAGAGAAUUUACCCGCAUUACGACACGUCGACAGCCCCAGCGUACCACACCGGGCAGCCUCCAUCGUUCCCAAGUCCACCAUAUCAUCAUCCCGCCGCCGGAACAGGACCGCAGCAAGGUAUCUGGUGUAUACACCCGCAGUACAAAACAUCGACAGCCCCGGCGGACUACACCGAGCAGCUUCCGUCGUUCCCAAAUCCACACUAUCCUCCUGCCUUGGUCACAGAACCGGAGCAACUGUCAGCAUUGACGCUACCACGCCGACAACGAUGGUCCCGCCAGCGGUUGAUGGCGACGGCGGUAGCGACGGCGAAAGGCACGCCCUGACGCACAUCAAGAUGCCUACGUGGGUCUCAGGUGGAUAG